ACUUAGGCUUACACUUUGUGUUCACUCUUGUUUUUGUAGAGUAAGCCAUGGCAAACCAAAAUCACAAUCAAAACCAAAGGAAGCAAAAGGAAGAUUUUGAUUUAAAGGAGACAACACCAAACAUCAAUGCUGGAAGAGUGAUAAGUGGUGAUAGGCUUCCAAUAACAUUUGAUCUUGUUGAACAAAUGAAGUUUCUUUUUGCAAGGGUAGUGAGAGCCAAUGACUUACCAGAAACCGGUAAGUCUGAUACUUGCAACCCUUUUGUGGAAGUGAAACUUGGAAGUUUCGUAGGGACAACAAGGGUCUUUGAGAAAACCUCAAACCCUGAGUGGAACCAAGUUUUUGCUUUUUCUAAAGAGAGGAUUCAAGAACAAGUUUUGGAGAUUGUUGUGAAGGAAAAAGAUCCCGUUGCUGAUGAACCUAAUGUCAUUGGUCGAGUAGCAUUCACAAUUUCUGAUAUUCCUAUGAGGGUUCCUCCUGAUAGUCCUUUAGCACCACAAUGGUAUAAGCUUGAGGGUCAAAAUAUGGUGAAGCUUGAUCAAGGAGAGUUAAUGGUGUCUGUUUGGAUGGGAACUCAAGCUGAUGAAAGUUUUCCCGAUGCUUGGCAUUCAGACGCAACAACUACUAGUGUUGAAAACAUCACUUACACUCGUUCAAAAGUGUAUAUUUCUCCUAGACUUUGGUAUCUUAGAGUUAAUGUGAUUCAAGCCCAAGAUUUGUUGCUCAAAGGCAACAGCGAGAUCUUUAUCCAAGGUGUUCUAGGGAACUUAGCUUUGAGAAGCCGUCCGAUGAAGAUUAAUCCAAACCCUGUAUGGAAUGAGGAUUUGAUGUUUGUUUCAGCAGAACCUUUUGACGAGUCCUUGCUUUUGAGCGUUGAACAGGGGCAAGGGAAUUCCAACAAGCAUGAAAAUUUGGGAAGUUGUGUGAUUCAUCUUAAAGAUGUAGAGAAAAGGAUAGAUGCUACUCCAACAGCUAGUGUUUGGUACAAUCUUCAAAAGCCUAAAGAACUUGAAGGUAAAGAAGAGGUUAAAUUUAGUACUAGGUUGCAUUUGAGAAUCUCUUUGGAUGGAGGGUACCAUGUUCUUGAUGAGGCCACUCACUAUAGUAGUGAUCUAAGACCGUCAUCUAAGUAUUUGAACAAACCAAGUAUUGGUGUUUUGGAAUUGGGAAUCUUGAAUGCUGUGGGACUCUCCCCGAUGAAGAAGGAUCGAACCGACGCAUAUUGUGUAGCUAAGUAUGGUUCUAAAUGGGUGAGAACAAGGACUAUUGUUGAUAAUCUUUCACCAAGGUGGAAUGAGCAAUAUACUUGGGAAGUUUAUGAUCCUUGCACAGUUAUCACAAUUGUGGUGUUUGAUAAUGGACACUUACAUGGAGGAGGUAAGAAUAAUGUUGGAGGGAAAAAUGGUGAUGGAGGAGUUGAUAAGAGAAUUGGCAAGGUAAGGAUUAGGCUUUCAACACUCGAAAGUGAUAGGAUUUAUACUCAUUCUUAUCCACUUAUAAACUUGCAUACUCAAGGAGCAAAGAAAAUGGGAGAAAUUCAAUUGGCAGUGAGAUUCUCUUGUCCUUCACUGUUGAAUGUUUUGCAAACUUAUGCUCAACCUCUGCUCCCAAAAAUGCAUUACAUAUGUCCAUUGUCGAUGUUUCAGAUCGACAGUCUGCGAAACCAAGCCGCUGCAAUCACCAUAUUGAGGUUCAGAAGGGCCGAACCACCUCUGAGUAAAGAGGUUGUUGAGUUCAUGUUAGAUAUGAGGUCAAACGUGUGGAGCAUGAGGAGAGGGAGAGCUCAGUUUUACAGGAUCGCAAGUCUUCUCAGCGGUUUUGUUUCAAUUGUUAAACUAAUUGAGGAGAUUCACAGUUGGAAGAAUUCAGUUACAACGAUAGGUGGUUAUUCAAUCUUUUGCUUUUUCAAUUACAAGCCGGGAGCUAUUUUGCCGCUAACAUUUACCUUCUUACUCCUCAAUGGGAUUUGGCAAUACCGAAUAAGGCCAAGAUAUCCUUCUCAUAUGGAUAUUAAAUUGUCUCAUGCUGAUACAGCUACUACUGAAGAACUUGAAGAAGAGUUUGAUCCUUUUCCAACUAAAUUUAGCGGUGGUAAUCUGCAAAAAAGGUAUGAUAGAUUGAGAGGCAUUUCAGGGAGAGUGCUUGCUGUGAUGGGUGAUUUGGCAACUCAAGGAGAGAGGGUGCAGUCUCUUAUCAGCUGGAGGGAUCCAAGAGCAACGGCUUUGUUCCUAAUUUUCUGUUCGAUUGCUGCCAUUUUGACUUAUUUCAUUCAUUUUCGAUAUAUACUCUUCAUUUCGGUCACUUAUGUGUUAAGACCUCCAAGGCUUCGCUUCGAUAUGCCUGCAUUUCCACAAAAUUUCCUCAGGAGGAUGCCUGCAAAAUCAGAUGGCAUGUUAUGA